CUGGGGCUGGGGGCCGGCGCGGUGACGACAGAGUAUGUCGGAAUGUUGCAGCAGCGCUGACUGGGUGCUGAUGUAAGGGCCGGAUCUGCCUUCACUCUCGCCUUCCCUUCCCAGACCCUUGAUGGGGCCCCGGCGGCGCCGAGCCUGGGGCCUGCUUUGAGGUACUUCCACAGGCAUCCUCUCGUCGUCCUGCAGCAGGCUGGGGGCUUCUUUUGGAGUUGAGAACAAGGUGACGGGGCUGACCUGCAACCAUGUCCACGUUCAGGCAGGAGGAUGUGGAAGACCACUAUGAGAUGGGCGAGGAAUUGGGCAGUGGUCAGUUUGCAAUUGUGCGGAAAUGCCGUCAGAAGAGCAAUGGGAUGGAGUAUGCAGCCAAGUUCAUCAAGAAGCGUCGAUUGUCAUCUAGUCGUCGAGGAGUGAGCCGGGAGGAAAUAGAGAGGGAGGUGGACAUUCUUCGAGAGAUCCAGCAUCCUAACAUCAUCACCCUCCAUGACAUCUUCGAGAACAAGACAGAUGUGGUGUUGAUCUUGGAGCUGGUUUCUGGGGGUGAGCUCUUUGAUUUCUUGGCUGAAAAGGAGUCCCUAACGGAGGAGGAGGCAACCCAGUUCCUUAAGCAGAUCUUAGAUGGCGUCCAUUAUCUGCACUCCAAGCGAAUUGCCCAUUUUGACUUAAAGCCAGAGAACAUCAUGCUUUUGGAUAAGAAUGUACCCAAUCCUCGAAUCAAGCUCAUUGAUUUUGGUAUUGCCCACAAAAUUGAAGCAGGGAAUGAGUUCAAGAACAUUUUUGGAACCCCAGAGUUUGUAGCUCCUGAGAUUGUGAACUAUGAGCCACUAGGUCUGGAGGCAGAUAUGUGGAGCAUUGGAGUGAUCACAUACAUUCUGUUGAGUGGAGCAUCCCCAUUCUUGGGUGAAACCAAGCAGGAGACUCUCACCAAUAUUUCAGCUGUGAACUAUGACUUUGAUGAAGAGUAUUUCAGUAAUACCAGUGAGCUGGCCAAGGACUUCAUCCGACGACUGCUCGUCAAAGAUCCCAAGAAAAGGAUGACCAUUGAGCAGAGCUUGGAGCAUUCAUGGAUUAAGGUGAUUAAGAGGAGGAAUGUUCGGAAUGAAGACAGUGGCAAGAAGCCAGAGCGUCGGCGGCUGAAGACAACCCGCCUCAAGGAGUACACUAUCAAAUCCCACUCCAGCAUGCCUCCGAACAACACGUACAUCAACUUUGAGCGCUUUUCUAAGGUUCUGGAGGAGGUGGCAGCAGCUGAAGAGGGUCUGCGGGAGCUGGAGCGAAGCAAGAAGCUGUUCCGGGAGGACAUUGAGGUCCUGACUUCUAUCUAUGAGGAGAAGGAGGCCUGGUACAAGGAGGAAAAUGAGAGCAUUGGCCAGGACCUAAGGCUGAUUCGUCAGGAGCUACACAAGACAGAGGCCCUGAAACGUCAGGCCCAAGAAGAGGCCAAGGGGGCUCUGCUGGGGGCUAAUGGGCUGAAGCGCCGCUUCAGUCGCCUGGAGAACCGCUUUGAGGCCCUGGCUAAGCAGGUGGCCUCAGAGAUGAGGUUUGUUCAGGACCUGGUCUAUGCCAUGGAGCAAGAGAAACUGCAGGAUGGGGACUGCAGUGUGCGUUAGUAUUUCUCUGGGCCAGAGAAGAGGAGUGCCAAGGGGGGGAGACAGUCAGACUUAUUGUUCAACAGCCGUCUGGGGCAGAGGGAAACUGACUGAUAAAUUGGUUGAAGAUGGAGUAUCUGGGAUUGGCUGCUCUCCUAUAUCCCUGCUUCUCUCAGGGUACUCUAGCAAAGAGCAGGAACAGUGCUGACAUUCCAUUUAUUUUUACCCUCCCUGGGAGGCUCUGAUUCAUUUCUGAAUCAGAGGGACAGGAGGCAGGAGGGUUGGCCAAAAUGGAAUGUCAGAACGAGACAAGAAUUCACUUUCUGAGUGAUAUCAAUUUCUGCAACAUUGCUGCACCCCCUGACUUAGUCACAGUUUGGAUUGGGUGAAUUUGAAAGACACCAACUUCCUUUAUUCUGUGUUGGGACUGAAGAAUUUUCCCAUAAUUCAUGCAAAUGAGAGACAUUCUAAGCUUGAGGGUCAUUGCUGUUGUCACUACCAUCCCCUAGCCUGCCAAAACAGAAAAAGUACAAAUGUUACUUAUGCCGCUGGACAGACAGCUGAUUGUCUUCUGGAGGAGCUUCACUCUGGUGGAUUUUGCCAACAGCCCCUGAAUGGAGAACAUCAUCAACAGUACCUGAACUGACCUUAUUUGAGAAGAUACCACUGUUAGCUAAGACUUGCAGAGGCAUAGGCUCCUGGUAGCUGCAAGCCAUAAUAGAAACCUGGAACUACAUGAGAACAAAAUAGGAUAGCCUCCCAAAGUUAGACAUAAUUGGAAUACAGACGUAAUUUGAAAAAUUUAACAAAUGCUCUUCUAGCCUUUUCUGUGUAAAUGCACUAGGUGAGAGAAAAACCUGCUUCUGCGUAAAGUUACAGUUGAUAUUAAACACAGACCAUUCAAACCCUGUCCCAGCACUGAAUGGUGGCCCCGGCCCAAUGGCUGUCCUGGCACCCUCCUUACUCCCAGUGCCUCCUGGGUAUUGGCCUGCUGGCCGGGUCAGUUAUUACCCUGUGAAUGGGUGAAAAGACAGGCAGCAGUUCAUCUAUACUCAAACACUUUUCUUUAGUUUUUGGCCACGGUUGCAGCAAAGCCCUGUGUCAUCUGUAACAGUGUUUGAGAUGAGACUGUUUAGAGAAGAGCUGAACCCAUUCCUUAUUUUCAUCUCCCAGGCCCAUCUGCCCAUUCUCUCUGCCUUUCCCUCUCACUGCUGGCAGCUCGAUGGCACAAGGUAUUCCAAAAGUCCUAGUACAAUUUUAAUCCAUUUGGGCUUAACACCCAGCUAAGGCUUUUGGGACACCCUAUAUAUAUAUAUA